AUCGAUAGAUACGCAGUUGCAUCCCUACGAGUUCGAGGCCUCGUUUUCUGUGUAUUUUUGCUUCGCAUUUUAUAUUUUGAGUAUUGUGCCUGCCUAAGGAUUUUCACAAUUGCUUAACCGAUUGAGAACCAAACACGAACUGAAGCCGAGAGCACGUAGGAAAGUAACGCUGGCGCCUGCCGCGUUCUCAGCUGAGGCAAUCCACGGAUCAGAUACAUUUGUGUGUAUCGGAUACAAUUUUAGGAAGGUUCUAUGAACGUGGCAAGCGGCUAUGUCCAUGAAAUCAGACGACAGCGGGUCCGGCAACGGGAACGGAUAUUUACGGACUAUGUCUGAAAGCGCGCGGUCGCUAAUGAACGGCUCUGAAUCUUCGGGUGACCAUACGCACUUUUUGAUGCACAUGCAGAACGACCGCGACAUAAACGCUUCCAACGCCAGCAGUAACAAUGCACUGGCCAUAUCGCAAACCAAAAUGCACCGAAAUUUCAAGCUACUGGCUGAUCCGCAGCUUGUUAAAUGUGGCGCCAAAUUAUAUCGCUACGAUGGCGUCGUACCGGGCGAUCCUAUAUAUCCAACCAUAACACCCAGGGAUCCACGCAACCCUCUUAUUCGCAUUCGCACCAGACCUAUAGAGCCCCUGCUGUUGCUUAUACCCAGAUUUGUGAUCGAUGCCGACUACGUCGGAACGCCACCUGCGAUUGAAGUUACUGUAGUGAACCUAAACGACAACAUCGAUAAGCAGUUUCUCUCCAGCCUGUUGGACAAGUGUGGAACAUCAGACGAAAUCAACAUAUACCAUCAUCCCACAACAAACAAGCAUUUGGGCAUUGCUCGCAUUGUGUUUGAGAGCACCAAGGGUGCGCGGCAGUUCGUUGAGAAAUAUAAUCAAAAGUCGGUGAUGGGAAAGAUCUUAAAUGUGUUCUGCGAUCCGUUUGGUGCGACUUUAAGGAAACAUAUUGAGACUUUAACGAAUCCAGUUGUGCCGAAGCCUGUGUUGGGUGCCACCACCACGAAAGCGCCACCGCAUCAGCCCGUAACACAGGGUUCCCAGCCCGAGUUGGCCGACUGUAGCCACGACUACAGCGAGAAGAACUCUGUGGAUCACUCAAAUAGUGCAUACAGCUCUUUUAUAAAGACUUCUGACAUUGGAGAACGAAGCAGGGAUCGCAACUGGGAGCGGGAUCGUGAGCGAGAGCUUGAUCGUGAGCGAGAGCUUGAUCGUGACCGAGAUCGAGAGCGGGAUCGGGAUCGCGAUCGAUUCUACAAGGAUAGCAGUCAACAUUCCGCAGAGAGAAGCUAUGAUCGUGAUCGGUCAAUGCGUGACAAAUACGGAUCCUCAUUACGCCAUGAUCGGCCUUUUUAUCGCCGGCGGUCUCGAGACAAAAGUCAAGACCCCGGUCGGGAUGGUCGAGAUAGUCGGGAUAGAUUGUUCGCUGGCCGAGAACGUGAUAGGGCUAGAGACCCGGACGCCAGGUCGCGUAACUAUCACCGUUCAAAGGAACGCGAUCAUUUUCGAGAACGAAAUAGAUCCCGCGACCACUCCCGUGACCGUUCAAGAGAAAAGAGAGAUCUUCGUUUCAGUGUAUCAAAGGAGCGAGACUACCGAGAGCGGGAUCGUGAUCGGGAUAGGGAUCGAUCACUCGACAGAGAUCGAAGAGAUCGUGUUAGUAUAAAGUAUAAAAAGCGUUUUACAAGUCACGAAUACACAGAAACGGAUAUAAACAGCUCUUCGUCAUCAAAAAACCAUCAAUAUUAUACUGCCGUCCCAGCAUCUGGCUUGCCUGCUGGGAACUAUGUCUACAGCAGUCACUCCUACUCCAUGACAGACAGUACUCAGUCCUGGUCAGAGCAUAAGAGUUGGAAUGCUCCGCAGCCUGAUUUUCAACCAAAGCCAAAACCACCCCCACCUCCUCCUCCUGAAGAAGUGGAAAAUUGGGACGAGCCCCCAGCUCCCCCACAAAAGUUUGAAAAACAAACUGUUUCACUCUUGGAAUCAACGAGCACAAAAUCCCAAUCCCCCAAGACGGGGAAGACUGCAACAGCAGACGCAACCGCAGAAACAGAAAAUGUUGACUUGGACACUCGAAUAGCCUUAAUAUUUAAGGGAAAGACAUUCGGAAAUGCGCCCCCAUUUCUUCAGAUGGACAGCAGCGACUCUGAAACGGAUAGGGCAAAGCCCGAGGGAGCGGUUGAUGCUAAUGAAACUCGCUCGCUCUCCGAUUCCAAUAAUUCGGAUAACAAGAAAAAGAGCGACAAGAAGAUAUCAGAAGUGCAACAGGCGCAUGGGGCAAGCGAUAUUUCAAGCGAUGACGAUUUAAUAAUGAAGAAAAAGAGAUUAAAACGGAGUUUAACACAAUGUGAAAAGGAUGAUGACAACAUGUCUCUGUCGAGUUUGUCUUCUCACGAGGAAUCCCAACAUGCAUUACCCAAUAUAGUCGACCGGGCAAAUAAGAAACCAAUAUCACCAUAUAUAUAUCCCAAUUCGUCCAACCAGCAUCCCUACUAUUAUCAACCUUCGGACUAUGGGCAUUAUCCCUCUGGAAUCCCGGCAAACACCGUGCUGACAAGUCGCUACUUUUCAAAUCCUGCCUAUAUGCAGCCGGCCUACUUGUCUGGUGUUGGCGCUUUCAACUUGGAUCCCUAUGCGCAGACAUAUGGAUACCAGUGCCCCCCCUCGGAUCAGAACGACGAGAUAAAAGAGAAUGUUAAAAAGGUAAUUAACUACAUUGUAGAGGAGCUGAAGCAGAUCCUAAAGCGCGAUGUGAACAAGCGUAUGAUUGAGAUAACCGCCUUUAAAAACUUUGAAUCCUGGUGGGAUGAACACACAUUGAAGGCACGCUCCAAACCGCUGACGGACUCAGUGCAGGGCACAACCACAUUGAGGCAGAGUAACGCCAAUGCCAUUACGAUGAAGGAUUGUGCUGACAGUGAGAAGCCGCCCAGCAUUAAUCAACUUACCAAUACUCAAGUGGAUAUGUCUGAUUUUCAAAGCUUCUCUAGCAUUGGUAUACGGGCUGCUAUGCCUAAAUUGCCAUCGUUUCGACGCAUUUGCAAACAUCCGAGUCCUAUACCCCAUCAAAGGAUAUCCCUCGAAACAGAUUUGAGCGACCAAGAAGAGAUGGUACAACGCUCCGACUCUGAGAAAGAGGACUCGAAUAUGGGCGUCUUUGAGGCACCAGGCUCCAUCGCGAAGGAACGGGUUUUGGAUAGGGAAAUUGCGACUAAUCGACUGUCACCUGAAAUACAUUCAAAACGGAAGGGAAGCGCGUCGAGCUUCUUUUCCUCAUCCUCAUCAUGUUCUAGCGAAGUAGAAAAUGAAGGCAACGACGCUGUCGAUGGAACAGAAAAGGAAAAAAGCAGCGAGGAGGAUAGCUUUGACGAUGAUCACCCGCCUAGAAGUCACAAUCGAAAGAGCAGACUAAUUAAGAAGAAAAGGCGUGUGGCAUUCAAGGAACCUGUAGAUGAUAAUAUUGAAAACAUAUAUUCAGACUCUGAGGACGACAAAAGAGCCAUCGAUCGAAUGCAUGUUCAAAAACGGGGUCGAACGAAAAAGAAAAAUAUCUACUCCGACUCGGAUGCAGAGUUAGAAAGUACUGCCGGUAGAGAUUUUUUGCCGGCGCUGCGAACAAAGGUAAUUUCUACUAUACCGUCUGAUCUUGAGGACAUAAGCAAAGAUAGCAGUUUCGGAUUGGAGGAAGAGGACAAUUUGGAUGACAAAGUAGAAGCAGAACUUAAGACUAUCCGAAAAAUGGUUGAUGAAUCUCGUCGAUCUUUGACCCCUGUUCCGCCGCCAGACUACAAUGAAGAGCCGGUGGAAAAGUUCGAUGAUAUUGAUCCCCGAAAGCCAGUUUUUGAAUACGAUCGCAUUUACAGCGACUCGGAUGAAGAGCGCGAGUACCAGGAAAAGAGACGUAGAAAUACCGAGUACAUGGCUCAGAUAGAGCGCGAGUUUUUGGAAGAACAGCAGAAGAAUAAGAAAAACUCUUUCUCGGAAAGUCGUUCAAUGUCGGAGCGUAAAUUAGAAAUUAUAAAUAAACCUAGUGGAGAUAUGGCUGAAACUGUAGAUGUGGCAGAGGUCCCACUAACGCCAGGCAUUAAUAUUCUUGCUGAACUUGUUGAUGAGAUUAUUAAACCGAUUGAGGAGACCAUUAUCGAAAAAUACGCAUGCAAGAACGCAGAACUAAAUAGUAAUCUCAAAAGCACAGAUGGGGGGGUUGAGGCACAAACGAUUCUAAACGGAGAAAAUAAAUCGAGCUCCAAUAUAAGCGACAGUAAGAAGGGAACGCAAUCACCGGCUUCUUCAGAUGGAGGCUCCAGCCUAGCAUCGCAAGCAAGCCAAGUGGCUCUCGAGCACUGCUACUCCUUGCCGCCGCAUGCGCAGUCUGCUUCCAUGACAGACUCCACCUCGGGACGGUUUGGGCUUGAUGCACAGAAUAAAAAUAGAUUUGAAGGACAGGAGAAUAUGGCUAGUGGUAGCCAAAUGUCAAGACCAGGCCCAGGCAGACCACGCAAGGAUUCAACUCGGCUGCAAAAGAAAAAGAAGGACUCCGUGCCUCGGCAGUCAAAUGCCAAGAACAAAGUAGCGCCCAUCACUGAUGCGUUGGCCGAGCUGGCCCGUCAAACUGCUAACUUCGUUCCCUACGAGAUGUACAAAGGUCGCGACCAAAACGAGGAAAUGGUUAUUCUCUACACUUUUUUAACGAAAGGUAUCGACGCGGAAGAUAUCAAGUAUAUUAAGAUGAGCUACAUUGAGCAUUUGCAGAAGGAGCCAUAUGCCAUGUUCUUGAACAACACUCAUUGGGUAGAUCAUUGCACAACGGACCGUGCGUUUUGGCCACCGCCUCCAAAGAAACGCAGAAAAGAUGACGAAUUGUUGCGCCAUAAGACGGGAUGUGCUCGCACCGAAGGCUACUACAAGUUAGAUGUGCGAGAAAAGGCAAAGCACAAGUAUCACCAUGCUAAGGCCAACAUUGAUGAUGCCGAGAACGAAGAUCGUUGUGACGAGCCCACAGCACUCACGAAUCACCACCAUAACAAAUUAAUAUCCAAAAUGCAAGGCAUUUCGCGAGAGGCGCGCUCCAACCAGCGGCGUCUUUUGACAGCCUUCGGAUCUAUGGGCGAGUCAGAGCUUUUGAAAUUUAACCAGCUCAAGUUCCGAAAGAAACAACUUAAAUUUGCAAAGUCUGCCAUUCACGAUUGGGGACUAUUUGCGAUGGAGCCCAUAGCAGCAGACGAAAUGGUAAUUGAAUAUGUAGGACAAAUGAUUCGGCCUGUCGUGGCCGAUUUAAGAGAGACCAAAUAUGAGGCAAUUGGAAUUGGCAGUUCCUACCUAUUUCGAAUCGACAUGGAAACCAUUAUCGAUGCAACGAAAUGUGGAAAUUUAGCCCGAUUUAUAAACCACAGCUGCAAUCCGAACUGCUAUGCAAAAGUCAUUACAAUAGAGUCUGAGAAAAAGAUAGUCAUAUAUUCAAAGCAACCUAUUGGCGUCAAUGAGGAAAUAACCUACGAUUAUAAAUUUCCUUUGGAGGAGGAAAAAAUUCCAUGUCUGUGUGGAGCUCAAGGAUGCAGGGGAACGCUCAACUGAAUGUUACAUAUGUACGUGUGUACAUAUGUACAUUAUGUAAGGCUUCACAAGAGUCUACGUUGGAUUCUAUCACAAAUGUAAAUUAAGUUGAUAUUCAAUAUCCGAAAUAGAUGUAUAUGUAUGUAAAUA